GGUAGAUGAAGCGGCUGAAGGGUUUUAUCUGAUGUUUGACACUAUCAGUAACCAACUCGAUGUUUCGCUAGAUCUUCUCAAGACUAUGAGUCUAUUUAGCUUGGUUCUUGCCGAAUACGUCGGGAUAGGGAUCAAGGGUUGGUAUUUUUCUCUCAUCGUGACCCCGGCUGGUGAUGACCCUAAGAUAUUGAAGCGAGUUGGCUGGCAUGUCGGAACACAGGCCCAGUUUGGACCUCCUGACAUUCACACGUUCCGGUCGAUAAUAACAUUGGUUUGACUUUGUUACUAAUGUUCCGAAUUACUUUGGCGAAUGGAAAUCUUAGACUGGGAAGAGCUCCCUCUUGCGACACUGGUCAAGUACAUAUCACCACACGGUGUGCGAAAGAAUCGUUUCCUCAGGCAAAAACACAGCUCAUCUUUCUCGCCAGUUGGUAUGCCCCGUUUCCUCUUCGUGUUCCCUUGUUGCAUGUCUUUCUCUGUGUCAUAGCGAGUUUCGUGAUAUUUAUGAGAUUAUUUUAGACAUAUAAAAUACAAUGAAUCAAAA